AUAAAUAAAUUAUUAUGUGUCCCAGCGUUAAAGUAGCCACCAAUAACCAAAACAAAAACACAAUGGCUUUCCGCAAUCAAAAUCGUAACAAUCGCAACUUUGGCGGUGGUAACAACUACGGUCCCAUGGGUGGUAACCGCGGCAUGGGCGGUGGCAACAACAUGAUGUCUCCUUGGGAGAACCAAAAUUCCGGUGGCGGCUUUGGUGGCGGUAAUAUGCGCCAAGGUGGUGGCGGCGGCGGUGGUGGCCAAAUGAAUGCCCAAGCCAUAAAUCUGGCCAAUAAUUUGUUGAACAAUUUGUUCCGCAAUCAAAAUCCACCUUCCCUCUUGGAUAUGCCACGCGGUGGCAACAUGAAUCGUGGUGCUCAACGCGCUGGACCGAUGGCCAAUCGUGGUGGUGUUGGCGGCAAUCGUUUAAACAAUCGUCGUGGUCAAGGAACUUUCCAAAACCGAGCUGGUGCUGGUGCUAAAUCAGCCGCAAAGCCCGGCGCUGGCGGCAUUCGUAAGCAGAAUGCUUUCGAUCGUGCAAAGAAACUUUUGGCUAAAAAUGCCAACAAUAAAAAGAAGGAUACCGCUUCUGGCGAUAAGAAAACUGAGAGCAAAGAGUCACCCUACGCCAAUGUACCCAACGACAUGUUCUACUGUCACCUGUGCAAGAAACACAUGUGGGAUGCCAACUCAUUUGAAAAUCACAUCAAGGGUCGCACUCACUUGAUGAUGCGCGAAGGUAUUGAGGAAAGCUACCGCCUAAAGGCCAACAUGAUCCGCCAAGAGGCCAAGAUUGCCGAACAAUUGAAGUCCAUUGAAUUGGAUCGCUUGAAGCGUAUGGGCAAGAGCAAGCAACGCCAAUUGGACUACUGUACCAUGUGCGACUUGAACUUCCAUGGCCACAUCUCGGCCCAUCGUAAAUCCGAGGGUCAUUUGCAAUUGAAAAAAUUCUUGCAUCCCAAGUGUACCGAAUGUAACAAGGAAUUCGCCACUCGCAUUGAUUAUGACUCUCACUUGCUGUCCGCUGAUCACUUGAUCAAGGCCGCCGAAAAGAACACCAAGGUUGGUGAACGCAAGCGUCAAACCUUGCCCAUCCUCACCGAGGAGGAGGAAUUGAAGGAUGUCCGCCCACCCACCAAGAAGAAGAAGAAGGCCGCCGCCAAGAAGACUGAAACUGCCGAAGGCGGUGAAGCCAAGAAGGAAGGCGAAGAAGACGCUGAAGGUGAAGAAGCCGAGGGUGAGGAAGCGGAAAAGAAGGAAGGCGAAGAAGGUGCCGAUGAGACCAAGGAGGGUGAGGAACUCAACGAGACCCAAGAAGGCGAAGAGGAAAUCGCUUUGCCCGUCGAUCCCGAGGAUUGCAUCUUGGAUUUCAAUGAGGGUGAUGAAAUUCCCACUGAGGUCGACAACCGUCUGCCCAAAUACAACUGGACACGUCCAGUGGGUGCCGCCCUCAUCACCAAACUCGAAUGCUUCGAGUGCUCAUUGUGCGGUAAAUUCUUCGACACCGAGAAGACCGUUGAAGUGCACUCCCGCACUGUUACCCAUCACCGCAACUUCUUGAAGUUCAUCAACGAGAAGGCCAGCGACACCAAGAUCGCCCAAAAACGCGCUGCUGCCGCCAUUGAAGAGAGCGAACGCAAGAAGCGCAAGAUCGAAGAAGCCGAGGCCGCCGCCAACGGUGAGACCACCGAAAAGACCGAAGAAGAAGGUGAAGGUGGUGAAGCCGCCGAAGGUGCUGAGGGUGAAUUGUACGAUCCCUCAGAGGCCACUGGCGAUGAUGAAGACGUUGAAAUGAACGAAAAUGGUGAAGGUGAAGAAGGCGGUGAUGGUGAAGAAAACGGCGAAGAAAUGGAAGCCCAAGAGGAAGAGGCCCAAGAAGAAGAGGGCGGCGAACAGGAAGCCGAAGCUGAACCCGAGCCAGAGCCCACACCUGAACCAGUCAAAGAAGCCGCCAAGACCCCCGCCAAAACUCCCGCCAAGACAUCUGCUCCCUCCACACCAGCCGCUGCCAGUGAAGCCUCACCCGCCAAGAAAGCCACACCCGCCGCAGCACGUGGUGCAGCUGCCGCUGGCGCUAAGGGUACGCCGCGUAAUCGUGGCCGUGGACGCUACAACCGUUAUUAAGGAGGUGUGACACCAACACCCCCAACCC